GUCCAAAUUCCAGCUACAUCAAGUGUUCAAUAUGAUGUAAUCAAGGUCUCAAAGCAAAGCAUUGUCAAACUUUCUGGUGCGAGUCAAGGGCCUUGGAAAGAACAUGGUGGAGCUCUAAAACCUUGUUGGAAGAUGCCAUCUAUAAAAUGGAGAGAGCCUUCAAAUGGUUUCAUCUUAUUCUCAUUGACUAAUGGCCCCGAGUAUCAUGUCUCCCAGGUACUAUGUACACACUAUUUAUCUAUCCAUAAAUACAUGUUACUGUAG